AGUGCCAUUUUUGUUGCUGGCAGGCGGCGGUACGGUCGACGGCAGCAGGGAAGCAAAAUAGUCGGGGUAUUUAUAAGCGGUGGAGUGCCGGGUUCUGUUCGUUCUUUGGUACUGGUUUUCUUACCGUCAGUAGAUCGCUGGUUGGGACUGGUGCGGGGUUGUAGGCUGCGCGGGGGUGGGCGGUUGGGUAGGCUGCUUGGUUUCGGUGGCCUGUGCUCCGGCUGGGCCGCGGAGCCUGGGCACUCGCGUAAAGAGGGUGCGGGCGCUGAACGCUGCCUGGGAGUUCCAUAUCUGCGCAGUAGCCAUGACCCGCGCGGCCUUAAUAUUUGACAGUAUUGUGCAAAAGUCUGUAUAUUUUUUAAUAUAAAUUUGCUUUUAGAUUAUUUUCUUUGUUCGUUAAUGUGUCGAUAGAUAAGAGCAAAUUUUAGAUUUCAAAACAUUAAUUUUCCAAAAGAAUUAAAUGUUAAAGUCUUUUUGUAUUCCGUUAAAGAAAGUAACAUUAAAUAAUAGACCACAUUUACGAAUCAAAACUGAUUACUUUGUAGAUAUAUAUGGUCCUGUUCCUGAUUAAACAAGCAGGUUUUAAUGAUCAGUGCAUGAUGAUUUGAAUGAACUUAACUGAAACCGAAGCGGUAGUAGAAGGAAUCAAACUGAGCAAAGGAAAACCAAACUAAAAGGUGAGGGUGUAGCAAAUAUGAUAGUUUAACCUUCAAAACGUCAAUUCUUACACCAUGGCAAGAGUGAGCAUGGAAACAAGGCAUAGGGUGAUUGUCCUGCAUCAGCAAGGUCUCUCCCAAAUAAAAAUUUCACAGCAGACAGGAGUUUCAAGAUGUGCUGUCCAAGCUCUCCUGAAGAAGCACAAAGAAACGGGCAGGGUUGAGGACCAGAAACGCAGUGGCCGGCCACGGAAACUGAGUACAACAGAAUCGGUGUAUAUCAAACUAACUUCCCUUCUAAAUCUGACGAAGUCCAGUACUGCUAUCAGCUCAGAACUCACAGAAACUACUGGAACUCAAGUACACCCCUCUACAGUCCGGAGAAGUCUUGUCAGAAGUGGUCUUCCUGGAAGAGUUGCUGCCAAAAAGCCAUUCCUCCAAAGUGAAAAUAAAGCCAAGAGACUCACCUACGCACAAAAACACAAGGACUGGGGUGCUGAGCAAUGGCAGCAAGUGCUCUGGACUGACGAGUCAAAAUUUGACACUUUUGGCUCAAGCAGGAGGCAGUUUGGCCGCAGAAGAGCUGAAAAUCGCUACAUGGAUGAGUGUCCACAGCCAACAGUGCAGCAUGGCGGAGAUUCCCUGCAGGUUUGGGGCUGCAUUUCUGCAAAUGGAGUUGGUGAUCUGGUCAGAGUUAAUGGGAUCCUCAACGCAGAGAAGUACAAACACAUCCUCAUCCAUCACGCAAUACCAUCAGGGUGGCGUCUGAUUGGUCCCAACUUCAUUCUGCAGCAGUACAAUGACCCCAAACACACGGCCAACAUCAUAAAGAACUACCUUCAACGAAAAGAAGAACAAGGAGUUCUGCAACAGAUGGUAUGGCCUCCACAGAGCCCUGAUCUCAACAUUAUUGAGGCUGUCUGGGAUUACCUGGAGAGACAGAAGCAGGCGAGACAGCCAAAGUCUGCAGAAGAACUGUGGCAAGUUCUCCAAGAUGCUUGGAACAAUCUACCAGCCGAUUUUCUUAUAAAACUGCAUGACAGUGUACCUAAGAGAAUUGACGCAGUUUUAAAAGCAAACGGUGGUUACACCAAAAUUGAUUUGAUUUAGUUUUUUUUUAAAUGUUCACUGCCCUUUGUAGUAAAUUUUUUGAUAUUUAGAAACUUUUCAUUUCAUUACUUUUGAAAGCAUCUUAGCUUCAGAGAAUUUUUUUAAACAUGCCUAAGACUUUUGCACAGUACUGUAUUUUUUUAAUAUUUGUAAAAUUCUUCCCCAUCCCCCCCCCCCACCCUCGGUAAUUUGUUUUCCCCUGAGGCUUUUUAUUGGGGUUUAGUCCCACAUCCGGGACCAUUCAGCAGUCACCCACCCCUACGCAUUCAUGUCAACUCCCAUAAGGAGGGGACUGGAGCAACAUUUCAUUAAUCUUUCUGUUGACCUUUUAACUGCUGAGUUCCUGUUACAGUUUACAGGAGUUUAAUUCUUGAACUCUGAGGUGAUGGAGGUUCUCCCCCUCCUUUGUUCAGUGGAACCCCCUCAAGGGCUGGAGUUAGUUACUGUGGCAACCUGAUUGUUUGGAAGCCUGGUGACAGCCUGAGAUUCAAGAAGGCCAGUUUGGGGUGGUUGCCAUUCUUGUUCUGAGAUGUGUAUUAAGACAACAUAACCGCUGUGGAAGGCAGUUCUUCCCCCCCCCCCCCCCCGUGGCAUACAAGUUAUUUCCAAUCAAGUUAAUCGUUGAGCAAUUUUUUUGGUGAAAUCUGAAAUGGGUGUGUAAUAAUCUAGCUGAUAAGAACAAGUGGUGUUUCAAAUUGACCAACUAGUUCAGGGGCUCCCAUCCUGGGAUCUAUGGACCCCCUCACCUCGGUUAAUGGUAAGGCUCCAUGACAUAAUAAAGGUUGGGAACCCCUGAAUUAGGGGGAAAAAUUAAAAUACUGAAUUGGGAUAAUUUCGCUAAAUGGAGUUAUUAGCAGAGCUGCAUCCUCCAGCUACUUGCUUUGCAAAAUUCUGAAUUUUUAAAGGCUUUUUAUUGUGCACCUGUUUAAAGGAGGUUCUGUCAAAGAGGAGCUCCUGACCAGAAUAUUCUGCUAAUGAGCCCCUCUGAAUACCUUCAUUUCCCUUUUUAAAAAGAACCUCUCGGGGAAGUGUGCAUCAGACUGUAGUUAACUCGGGUAGUAGAGCAGGAAGUUGUAACCAAAUUUAUACCUGAAUUUGACAGGAUCUUCUCAUUGUGUUUUACUUAUGGCGGUCCCUCCCUCUGGGUGUGUUUGGAAUUUGCAUGGAUGUUUCCAAAAACUGGGCCAUAUUAACCUAGAAUUCUCCAUUAUCCCAAUCUUCAUGUCCUCCUGGUAUGGGUUUCUGAAAACUGACUGCAUGAGUAUUUUAACUGAAGAUUAUGCAGCUAUUUACACAAAGCUAAACUGACUUCUGAGGCACAAGUAAACCACAAUGGGAAGUCAUUGUUCUCAAGCUCAGCACUGAGGGGCUUUUGGCACGGCUCUGUCAAUUAUUUCCAAAAUGCCUAGUGUUGUAAAUAGCCCAUGCUUUGGUGCUCAGCUAAAGUUCAGGGAGGAGCUAUUCUUGCGGGAACCCUAAUCCAAGCAUGGCCUAUUUUUAGAAAGCCCAGUUAUUAUCCAGAUGCUGCAUCUUUUCUCACUCUACCUUGCAUUCAGAUAGACGCCCUACCUGCCAGUUGUGGUCAGCUCCGAACGUCACUCAGUUUAUUGAGUGAAGAACUUUCCAGACACUCCCAAGAGAUGGUUGGCCAUAUAAAUGCUCUUCAUUCAGUUGAUCUGAGCCAGGGUUGGAAGACCAACAUCAACUUUCUGGCUGUACAUUACUGUGACCAGUUCACAGCACUUAACUGCCUUUGCCUCGAUAUCCUGUGUUAACUAGGAUGAUUUAAUUGUACUUCUGCCAUUGAAUAAUAUUGUUGUUAGCAGUUUCUGCAGGUACAACAAUCUUUUCUAUUUCAGAGCACCCCAGUUUGAUUUUAAUCCCAAUCCACAGCAGUGGGCUAGGUGCUCCUUCUGAAUGCAAUGUUGCAAUUUCUAAUUUUACCUGUGGUUUCACGUAUGUCAUUGUUUGCUGUGUUUGGGGGUGGGGAGAGCCACUUAAUGUAGGUAACUCUGGGUGAUAGAGCUGGAAGCACUGAAACUUGCUAAUUAGAAAGCUGUGGUAUCUCCUUUUGCUUAGUAUAAUAUGUCCAUUGGUAUUUAUCAUGAACUCUUGUAUGAAGCAGAAUAUUGAUUUUUAUUAAUUGCUGUGGGGCUUGUCACUAAAUACCCUGCCCAACUUAAACUUGAGUCCCUGUUCUCACAGAAAUGGGGAGCUAUAGUACUUGCUCUGGAUAAAUUUGCCAUGUUCCCCUCUUAGAUAAACUUCCUUGAUGAAGUGACACUUGUAGUCAUUUUGGAGAUUUGACUCAAGUAAAUAUUUGUCUUUUCUAAUGUCAAUCCUGUUGGGUGGAGAUGGAAUUCUGCUUGUGAUUUCUCAUUGGCUUUCACGGGACCGGGCACCACUGCUGUUGAGUCCCUGAUACUCUUGAGAAGUUGCCCAGGCGUGGCUGACUUCUAGCCUCAGUGGGAGUCUGGAAAUGACCAAAGCAAAUGGGGAUACUCCAGUGAAGUUUCAAGUAGUUUUGAGAUUGAGGGUUGGGGUUUGCUACCAUAUUGAAAGCAUGCAGGAGGUGCUGCUUACGGAUUUGGGGAGGUUGCUUUUGUGUUUUUCUUCAAUAGGUGCAGAUGACCUGGAGGACCAGAGUCGGACCCGUGUGUUUUUGGUAGUAAAUAUAUUAGCCAUAAUUACAUCACACAAAAAAAAAAUCGGUAAUCCUAGGCCGACCAAGGCUGCAGAAUCCCUUGGAAGAUAUGUUAAAGAAUGGGGUAUUUUCCAGCCGGCUGUAACCGUGUAGCUGGGCACCUGCUGCACUUUUGAACUUUUUCGGAGGAGUUGAUUUUUAAUCCCUGGCUUCCUGCAGUUCAACAGAGCAGAAGAUGGACUCAUUCUAGCACCUUCACGUAGAGUAUUUCUAAGGCAGUUUGUGUAUGCAAAUUGCAAAUAUUUCUACCCAGUGUAUGUGAAGAUGGAGAUGACCCAUUGCCAUUUAUAACUGACGGAUUCAGUGUUGGUUGGCCUACAGGAGCACGUUGACUGGAAGACUGAUAAGCACUUGCACAGCUGACCACUCGAAAGGUAAAGGUUGAAGGUCGUCCCAGAAGAUAACAUUGCGCCCGCACUCCUAGGCGGACUCUUGCACUGCACAGCAGUGGAUGAGAUUGUGGAGACAGCAGUAGCAGGAGUCUUUGUUUGGGGAAGAUCAGUUAAACUGCGGCCAUGACGCAGCAAGGAGAUGAUUGCUACUUUUACUUUUAUUCUACUUGUGCCAAGGGUGACAGCUGUCUGUUCCGUCACUGUGAGGCAGCUCUUGGCAGUGAGACCAUCUGUACUUUAUGGCAGGAAGGGCGAUGCUUCCGUCAGGUGUGCAAGUUUCGUCACAUGGAGAUUGAUAAGAGGAGGAGCGAGAUACCUUGCUACUGGGAGAAGCAACCUACUGGAUGUACAAAGCUGAACUGUGCUUUCCAUCACAGCAAGCCUCGCUUCCUUGAUGGUAUUUUCAUUCCUGCCACAAAAGGUGUCCUGAGCAAACAGGAAGUACCGGAGAUGGCAGAAGAGCCUAUGACACCUCAAUUGCCCAUCAACCAGUUACAGCAGCCCAAGAUUCCAAUUCAGUCUAAUCCAUCACCGCAAGUUCGGGGUGUAAUGAAACUGGAGGCAUCAGAGAAUGUGCCCAGCCCCACUCACCCUCCUGUGGUGAUCAACGCAGCAGAUGACGAUGAAGAUGAUGAUGAUCAGUUUUCUGAGGAAGGAGAAGAAAACAAAAAUACUCAGGCUCCAGCCGUGGAGGAGCAGAAUGGCAUCCGCAUCAUUUCGACUAAAAGGCAGGCUUUACCCGUUCAGAAAGAUGACAACUUGGAUUUUGGAAUAAAAACACUGGAACAGAUCAAACGCAAGAAAUCUAUGAAGGAGAAAUCGAAGAAAAUGGAGGAGCCCACAGUACACCAAGUGGCACAAGUCCAAAAGGUGGAACAGAAUCGUGAAAACCUAGUCAUUGAAAAGGAAAAUGUGAGGACAGUCUUCCGGACAGUGACCGUAUCACCAAAGAAAUGUGAGCCACCUAUUAAGCGCAGUCUUGCAGAAAGACUUGGUCAAAAGAAGAUGGCCGCAAAUGACACAUCUCAGGAGGUUCCACUAAAAGCUGAGUUUGAACCACCUUUAAAACGCAACCUUUCUGAGAGACUUGGGAAAAGAAAGAUACCAGCAGACGAUGACCCUGAAGAGUUGCCGCAGAAAGUGCAACGUCCCAGGUCGGUGAGGGAAAGGCUUGGUCUGCCUGCAGAAGUUUCUUCAAUAGAUCAUGAAAAGCCUAUAAAUAGAACAGAAGGCCCUGGAGAAAUAAGGGUGAAGACUUUGGAAGAGAUUCGCAGGGAAAAAGCUGCCAAGCGGGACCUUAAUGAGAGCAACGGAGAUGCCAGAGUUGGCAUUGCUAGUGGUAGUACAACUCCACAGGCAUACGCUUUGCUAGAGGAGGCAUCGAAAAUCAUUCGGACUGUUCGGGUAAAGACUACAUCAGACUCCCUAUUGAAGAAGCAGGGAGAAUGCCAGGAAGAGACUGUAAUGGAUAAUUCAGCCACAGAACAGCCUGAAGCUGACCCAAGAAAGGACAAGAGGCCAAUAGUUUCAACAGGCAAAGUGAAAUCUCAGAGGGUGUCUCCUGACGAAACGGUAGCAAAGCCAAAGUCACUAGAGCAAGUAAGGAUUAAAACUUUGGAAGAGAUUCGACGUGAGAAGGCACUGAGGAGGCAGGAGAUCCAGGAAAGUUCUGUGACGCAACAAUCAGCUGAGAAGCCAAAGACGGAGGCUCCACCUACCAGAAAGAGACUGCUGAGAAUCACUAAACCUUUGGUUGUCAAGCCAGAAAAGAUUGAUAAAGAACCAGUGGAUGUACAAUCAGUGGACAGUGCUGCCGAAGGUUACUCCAGAGAAUCUCAGAAGCUUGAAAGUAGAAAGGAAGCUUCAAGAUUGCAGAAUGUGCAAGUCAAAAGCUUUGAAGAAAUACUGAAGGAAAAACGCCUCAGACAACAACAGGAGAAGGAGAAGCAGCAGAGUCAAGCGCCAGGCAAAGAGGUGACUACAAACGAAACGGACAGUGAGAUUCAGGUCCUGGAGAACAAUAAACAGCUGACUGCUUCGCUGGAUUUGAAGCCAAACAACUUUCUUGAAGUUGAACAACCGACUGUUAAGACGGAAGAAAACUUGACUGUUGCCAAACCUGAAACAGCAGAACCUGCACUUGCUUUGAAAGUGAAACCCAAAUUAAAUGUGAAACCGUCAGUAGUGAAGAACUCUUGUCCUGUGAGGAUUGGCCAGAAACGCAAAUCCCCAGACAACAAUCCUUCAACUGUUAUGGCAGUGAAACCCCUCAACUCCGUAACUACUGAUCAGAUGAAGCAGCCGCCAGCGGCUGAGAAGAUUAUUACUUCUGGGCCACUGCCUCUCCAGGAGGAAGAUAAAACACCUUCAGAGAGAUCCAAGGAAAGGCUGCACCCUGAUGAGCAGAACAAGACAACGAGCCGGUUGCUGCCUGGAGUAGCAGCUUUCUCUCCUCCCCGACUGUCUGCCAAGGUUCGGAGGCUGAGUUCUGCCACAUCCAGAUCUGCGGUGGCUGAGGAUGACUUCGAAGAACUGAUGAAAGAAUUCUCAGAUGAUAAACUGGAGGCAGAAAUCGACCUGGAUCCUGGAAAGGAUGAAGACGACCUGUUGCUUGAGCUGUCUGAGAUGAUUGACAGCUGAAAUGUGUUGGGUAUUUUUCUGGACCUACUCAAACCAAUUUCAACCGCUUCUGGAAUUUCCUGGAUGAUAAGAAACUGGUCUAGAGUUUUGUAUUCGACUAGAAUGUCUAUUUUUAAGGCUGUGUAUAUAUAUAUAUAUAUAUAUAUAUAUAUUACUGUGUCUGCAUAUUGUAUGCAGAGAAAAGCCAGGUCUGUUUUAAACAUACCGAUACCACCACCAAGUUAUUCAGUUAUGACCUCACAACUACUGGCUACACUUUCUUCUGACCCCAAGUACAAAAAAAAGAAGUAACAUCUUGUCAAGUUCUGAUUCUAACAAUUUGAAGGAACCUCAGUGAUGCAGCCUUUCUGGAGAUGCGAUGCUUUUCUGGCUGGAAACUGCUUUGUUGCGAAGUCCAUGUCCAAAACAGAAGGGAAGUUCCACGGUCUUAAGCUCUGUAUAAUGCUAGUCUUUCCUUGGACUUGAUCUCUCCAUUUGUAUAGUUCUUCUGUUGUGUUCUAUCCAGCCAUUGGUAAUAAGAGCGUUAUGAUUGUGUGGAGUCACCCCCAGCCUCUCAGAAGAUUGUGAACCAACCCAAUUGUCUGCCAUUUCCUAAUAUAAAAAACAAGUCUUUUGUUUUCUCAAUUGUAAAAAGCUCCACGUGGUGUUGGCUUGAGAUAAAUGAUUUUUCUGUUUAUUGUAUUAAAGGGUCUGACUACACAGAAAUUGAAAUGUUGUGAUUCCCAAACUGAAUUUUUUUGAGGAGUCGUCUAGUCUGAGCCCAGGAUGUAUAUCAUUGCAAGUUGUCUGUGUACUGUGUGUAGCAGGGACAGUUGACAACUGUCAAGUUACAUAGUUUGAGGAAUGUUUUGGUUUUUAGAAGCUCUGACUGUAACUAUCAUAUUUUGUCACUGUAACAUGGAUGGACUUUAACCCUCACAAUUUCCUCAUAACUUUUCCCUCAUCAGUUUCAUUGUAUAUUCAAGUCCAAUAUAUUUUUGUGUGAAUUGUGAGGCUCUCCAGACUCAGCCUACAGGUAUUUGAAGACAACAGUUAUGAUCCAUUUGAAGGUGAUUUCUUACCUCUUUGUGUACGGGUAUCAAGGCUGUGAUUAUAACUACAGUUGGUAGGGUGGUAGAAUGAAACACUAAUAGUACUUUAAAAUAGUGCUUUAAAGCAACAGGCAGAUAACAACAGAGGUUGCAAUCAGAGGUUUAACUUGAGAUGAAAAGAGAAGUCUAAUUUUGAAGCCAGAGCAUCAAAAACACUUGUAGUCCAUAAUUUGGCUGGUUUGUGAAGAAGGGCUGGAUGUGCUUGUGCAUUCUCCUAGGCUCAAAAUGAUUCUGCACUGUGUACCAUGUCAAGGAGAUGUAUCCAUAGUGCUUUCAGUAAAGGAUUUUGGUAUUGCUAGCAACAGAGACCAUGGAAGUAAAGCCAGUGUGUGCUAGCUUUUAGCCAGUCCACCUGUUACUUGCAGCUCGUGAUAUUGUAAAAGCCAGCUAUCUACUCUCACGAUCCAUUGAUUUGGUUGGAAACUGAUUUUCUAGUCAUUACAAUGGGGUUAGAAGAACUUUAUAUAAAAAAAAAAGCUGCUCCUUUGCAACUUAAACUUCGAAGAGAUUUUGAAGGAAAAAUGUCAGUUUUGAAAUUGGGACACAUCCAGUGUGGGUUUUAAUCAAAAGAAGUGAAACUCAUAAAGCAAAACUUCAGGGAAUUACUUCCAAGCUGGCUGUGUUUGUAGUGCCUUAAGGUUUUGAUGGCGAACUUUAAGUAUACACCCAUAAGCAUAUAUUUGUGUGUUACCAGAGCACUGUGUGUAUGUGUGUAAUGAGGAUCUUCAACUCAGAGGGCAGCAGGAACUGCCCUGUUAACAUGGGCUAGGAACAGAAGACCAAUCUAAAAGAGCUUGGUGCUGCAGAACACUUAAAAUUCAGGGCUGGUUGGAUCUGUCGCACCUGAGCAGAGUUCAUAGACUGCCAAAAAUACCAGAGAAAUGAAUGGCCAACUUGUCCUCCCUGAAGGCCACUCUGCUUGGUGAUCUUUGUCAGCUCCUGUACCUCAAUGUGAUGGAGUCCCUGCUUGAUGGAAUAACAUGAAGGGAAGGAACCAAAGCUUUUAAAGCUUUUCAAAAAUAACACCACAGAUAUUUCACAACACUGAAGCAUGCAUCUAUGUACAAAUGCAACUUUGUGUUCUAGAGCAGUUCCAAUCCUGUAAAUAUGUAAGUUGCUUUCCUAAAGCAGCGCCUCUCAUCAGUAUUCUGCAGAAGCAAUGCGAUUGAUCUCUUGUGAAACUUUGUAAAUAUUGUUCGUUUUAGUCCAAUUAUGGUUUGGAUUCGAGCUGAUAAAAAUUAGUUUUAAAAGCUGUUGGGAGUCUGUUUUGUGUUUCUGCGUUUCUGCAUUUCUGCCUUUUGACUUUAUCAAGUACUUUUUAUUAAUUCAAAAUGUACAUCCAUGGUAGUGGGUGAUCUUAUUUAUGACUUGCGCAGACACCAAAAUGUAAUAAUUUCUUUGUAAUAAAGAGACUA